UUUCUUUCCACCUCUCAGACGGCACGCCAAGCAGCUAGCCAUAGGCAUUUAAAUAUAUUUACUCAUCACGCUCUUUACAAGAAAUCACUCAAGAACAAUGCCUGCUUUCAGCCGGCUUUCAACCACAAACUCCCAGCUUCCUAGAAGCACCAGGCUACGUGGCCUGGCCAGAACUCUCGUGUUGAUGAGUGCUGCCAUGGGACUCGUAGGGCUCGCCGAUUCAGCAUCUACGCACAAAAUCGAAAACUCGCAUCAUACCCAUCUCAAUACCCCCCAACAUUGGCAGGAGAUGAAAUUGGACGAAUACUUAUUGACUUAUCCCAACGGCGAAGUUCUCACUCUAUCUCAAUACGCCGAGCAGCUCCCGCAUCCCUUUCCUCUCCACUGUGGCAUAGGAAAAUUCAAGGAUUGUCAGAUCCCUUCUUACGCUUCACUUCGGGACGGCCCGGAUUGGUGGAUUGUUACUUCAACGAUCAAUUGGAACUACUACACAAACUUCCUGGCCAGCACCUUGGCCCACUCCGGGCAACUUGCAAAAGAUAUUAUUCACCGCCUGCUUCAUGACCUUGUCUACGAGUACAACCCUGAAACAAGCCUCGGUGUGAUGACAGAGGUGGACUUACUCCGAACCAUCCUUUAUCCCAUUGAGCAUGGGGGAAACCGUGACCACACUGUCAGUGACAGGACAGAAGUUCCUGAUUGGAUGGCUGCUAUCAGUCCCAUCGCCACCAACACAAACCCCCAAAUGGAUUUGCGUCAAACACACCAAACCAUCAAAUCUACAAGAAACCCGAGAAAUUUGGCAUCUGGCUUGCAAACACCACCCUCAAAUGUACCAUUGAUUGUGUAUAAUUCUGCUCAGCCCGUCGAAACAAAUCUCCGGCAACUAAGCUCCCAGUUGGAGCACUUGUUGGCACAGUCUGUUGAGAAUAAGGUUAACUCGCCCAUCAGUCUUGACCCUGGCAUCUAUUCGGCCAUUGCAGGAGGUCGAUUUGUCGGUCCAAGUCUUGAAACUCCACGUCUAGCAAGCAACGCAGACGACAUUAUGCGAUUGAUUGGUGUAUCAGCAGUCCUCAACCAUCAGAAUUCAAUGAUUGUUAUUAGAAAGUCAUCCUGCUCCCUCUACCGAAAACAAUUGAAGCAAGACGAUGAAACCAGACUUCAGUUUUGCGCUUCUGACAGCACGCUCAUCGAAAUCGUGAACGUGAAAGAAAACACAAUCAUCAAAGACAUUUACAAUGCUCACAUAAUUGAAAGCAAAUAUGGCUUCAAAACUUCCUUCUUGGCCUCUGAGGCUCUGCGCUGUCAACAAGCUAAUCAAGAGACUGGACAUCACCAAGAACGGGAAAACAACGAUGACAGUCCAUUUGACGUUUGCACCUUCGAGCUGCCCAUCUGCAACCUUCAGGAUGAAUACUAUCAAGAAUUGCUAGAGCAUGGUAAAAGCAUUGCCCGGAUCUGUCGAGAAGAUGUUGGCUUGUCGAUUUAAACAUCCCGUUCCCCUAUGACUUUUAUCAAAAGAGAAAGGUUUCGGGCACAUGGUCUUACUGAACAUCCCUUGUUUUGAUUCCCCUUCGCUCUCUCGAUACUUAUCAUUAAUUGUAUACACUUGUAUGGCUGUUUUCUUUUCACUCGUUUGAUCCCCUUCUUUUUGUCACUCUCUUGCACCCUCAACCUCAUGUCAAACAGAAUGCCCCCAAGUGGCACCGCGACCCAUCAAAGAUCUGUUUUUUUAGAUCUCGUUGCUCAAGAUUGUUCCUUUGGAAUCACCACAAAUACUCAAUUCUAUGGCAUUGCAAACUUUGGAAUUUCAUGCAUCUCAAGCUGCAAAGUUCUGUAAAUCAAGUCAUUCACGGUCUACAACCGCUGCUUGCAACUUCAGACAACUUAAUGUGCGCUUUGGGAUAAAACCCACCUUAUAGGGAUGCACAAUCUUGAUGCGCGUGGUGAUAGGCCAAAUUUGUCGGUACAUAUUUACAUAGACACAAAGUCCCUUUCACUUUAUGCAUACAAGCACGCUUGUAUGUAGCUUUGUCGUGAUCAUUUACAAAUCGCUUCUUUCUUUUUUAAAACCAGAAUUGGAUGGAAAGUUUGGUUGGAUGUUUUGCUUUUGAUGAUAACCACUUGUAGACGGACAGGCCGGAUUUCGAGAUGAUGGUUGAAGUCGCAUUCCGGCCAGAACACAAGCAGGUGAAUUUCCAUUUUUUGGUGGCAAUUUCAGUAGUAGCU